AUGGCAUCCCUUAGUGCUGACAAUGUUGCACAGUUGGUGCAAGCUGCAACUGAUGCUGCGAAGGCAGCCAGUGAAGCUGUGUUGGCCUUGAAGGAGCAGCAAACUGCUCGAGCUGGACUCAAUGAUGGUUUCAAAGAGGCCUCCAAGGUGAUCCGUCAACCAGAGCCUUUUGGGUCUGAAGUUCAUGAAGAGGACUUAGGACGAUGGCAGGAUUUCAAUGUGAAUUUCCGUGCUUGGCUUUUCUAUGGCAACAAGCACUUCGAGGGUGACCUGCAUAGGAUAGAAUCUGUGCAUGGAGAUAUCCCUAUACCCAGCAUUGAUGGAGAAGCCCCAGAAGUUCAGGACAGAUGCAGCCAAUUAUACAGCAUACUCACUGGUUUGCUUCGUGGAAAACCACUGCGCAUGCUCAGACAAGUUGAACGCAGGAAUGGAUUUGAGGUUUGGCGUCAGCUUAGCCAGAUGUUCCAGCCUAAGACCAAAAGCCGAGCCAUUUCCAUUCUCUCUGCACUUGUCAAUGUUCCCAACUUUGUGAUGAAGGGCAGGACUUUGCUUGACCAAAUACUUGGCCUUGAAAGACUUAGAGCUGAAUAUGUCAGAGCCAGUGGAAGUGACAUCGCCGAUGACGUGAUGCUUUCUGUACUGGUUAGAGCGCUGCCUAAGGCACUGCAACAGCAUGUUCAACUUCAAAUGUCAGAGACCUCCUCCUAUGACCAAGUGCGCACCAUGGUGAUCUCCUACGAGCGCACCACUACAAGCUGGAGUGCAGGCAAAAUCCAUAGCGAGCUGGGCAUUUUGUCUUCAGCUGCAACUGCGAAUGACCAAUGCCUUCACUGCGGCCGCUACGGCCAUGUCAAGCGUGACUGCUGGAAGCUUCAUGGAAAGCCAGACUCCAAGAAGGUGAACCAGGUUGAAUCGCAGACUGCAACCUCCACUGCAACUUCUUCCAGUGGUGGUGGCCCUUCCAUUUCACCGCCUUCUACAGCAGCAGCUAGUUCAGUGCGUUUGUUUACAAGCCUUGAGCACAUGCAUGGACCUUUGAUCGAAGAUCUGGACGAUGUAGAAGUUUGUGACCUGACGAUGCAUGAUUCAAGUGGCUUUUGCAACAUGGUUUCACAGAUGCAUGAUGGACUUGUGGUGCUGGAUUCUGGAGCUGAUGGCUCUGUGCUGCCGUUGGAGUACGGCCACAUUGGCCAGCCUGACCCUUCGUUUGAUGGUUCUUCAUUUGUUGAUGCACAAGGUUGGAACAGAAUUGGUGUGGACACCUACGCCCUGCGAAGUAUCUCUCCUCAGCAUGUUGACACAACACUUUGUCCUCAUGAUUCUUUGCUUUGGUUGCGUACCGCAUUGAUUCACUAUGAGGACGGCACUUGGGAUUUAGAAGAGUUCAGCCAAAGCAUUUCAGAGCUCUCCACAAUGGUGGCACCCUUUGACACCAACAAGCGAGUGACAGAAGUCAUCACCAUUGCUCAUACCAGUGUUGUCCCUCCUGAGGCCCUUGGAUUUGCAAUGCAAUCUGAUGAUGUUGUACCACGACAGCGUAUGGAGGUGAUAGCACCACGUUCAGGUAUUCCUUUGCAAGCAUCUGGAUCUGCUGACAGGCCAAUGGGCGUUGAACCAGCAGAGGAAGUUCCAGCUGCUGAAGAUGCUGAGUUACCAGUCCCUGAAAGGGAUGCAGGCCCAGAACCCAAUGAGAUCUUGAUUGAUGGCGUGUUUCCAAAACCUUGGGAUGGUGAAAUGGUGGCCAACAUGGAGGCUGUCAUGGGAGUUCCACCUAUAGUCCUGAUGAACAUGCUGACGACGAUGUUGGCCCAGCGUGAACCUUAUGAUGACAUGGAGGUGUCAGCUGAGGCGGGGAUCACUGCAGAACAUGGUACAAGUGCACCUGUGACUCCACCAGUUGAAGGAGCUACUAGCUCAACAGUUUCUGCAGGCGGUGCUGCAGAUGUUUCUGUUCAUGGAGCACAAGUGCACCAAAGAGAUGAUUUAGACGAAGGUGGUGACAGCAGGCCAUCUAAGCAGCCAAGACUUUUACGCUUUUGUGAACAUGAGGAAGAUAGUCAUGUAACCCAUUUCGAGCCUGAUGAGUUGGAUGCACUAGAGGUGUAUGAAUAUGAGUUGGACGAUGAUGAGGACGACAGUGAAGAGCCUCAGCUUAGCUCUUCAACUUGCAGUGAUGAUGUUCUGAAGCUUUUGACUGUGCCCUUUACGACUUUAGAGCCUGACAUUAGCGGUGAACAACUCCUCCGACUUGACAUGCUUGCUGACAGGGUGGAGAUCGAGCGUUUGAAAAGCAUGCAGGUUCUUCUACCUGUGGAGACCUAUGACUGCAAAGGUCAGACCCCCAAACGUUUGACCACUCGAAUGGUUAGAACUUGGAGAGACAAACAUAUACAAGGUCAAACAACAGAGUUUAUGCUGGGCAGAGUGUUGCCUGGACAAAGGAAUGGAUCUCAGCUUUGGCAUGAAUGUUUCAGCAAUUUGCUGAAGUCAGAACUUGGCUUUGCUGAAUGCGAAGCCUACCCUUGCUUGUUGAGGACAGGUGGAUCCGAAUGUUUGCUGAUGCUUCACGUGGACGAUGUCCUGUGCCUCAGCAACAAAGACUACUUGGAGUGUGUCUUGCUGCCUGCGUUGAAAGCAAAGUUUAAGAUCUCCUGUGAGAAGGUUGAGAACCCGGGAGAUGAAUUGACCUUCUUGAAGAGGAGGCACAUGCUUUUGUCUGAGAACGAGUUGGCUGUGCAAAGCCAUCCAAAGCACUUGGAACGUUUGUUUGACUUGAUGCACAUCAACAGAAACCUCAAGCCCAAAAGAACGCCAGGCCAUCCUAUGUUGGAUGAACCAGAUGAUACUGCAGAGCUUGGACCUAGUGAUGCGAGCACAUACAGGUCUUGCGUGGGAGUGCUGCUAUACAUUGCAGCUGACUAUGUUGAGUGCCAAUAUACAAUUCGAGGUUUGUCUCAAUGUAUGGCCAAACCAACUGUCAGAGCCCUUGCAUGUUUGCGGCAUUUGUGUAUGUACUUGCUUGGAUGCAUUGACCAUUGCAUCAUGCUUUCGUACAAGGCCCACCAUGGGCUACUGCACUACAAUGAGUUGGACUACACCUUGGAGGUGUAUUCAGACAGCGAUUGGGCUAAGCACAAAACCACAAGGAGAAGUGUUUCAGCAGGAUGUUUGUUUUUGUUUGGCAACCUUCUUUACUCCACCUCCAGGAGUCAGAAAGCUUUGGCAUUGAGUUCGGCUGAAGCCGAGAUUUACUCUGCUGCAGGUGCUUGCUGCGAUGGAGUGUUGAUGUUCUACUGCCUUUCAUUUGCAAUUGGACCAGAACUGGAGGUGCGGUUUCAACUUUGUCUUGACAACUCGGCUGCUCGAGCAUUCUUUUGCCGCUCAGGCGUGGGACGCAUCAGGCAUAUUAGCCUGAGAAUUCUGUGGGUUCAGGCAAAGGUGAAAGAACAGUUUUUACAUGUUGGACGAGUUGGCACACAUGACAAUCCUUCAGACAUUGGUACAAAACGACUGACCAGAGAACGUAUGUUAUACCUCAUGUACCUCUGUAAGAUAUACGACCUUUCCUCCUCAAGUUUUGUUGGCUCCAAUGCUGCAGAGACUGUGAAACAGAAAGAAGUGAUGAAACAAGGUGUCAAAGUGUUCACAAAACAUGGAAGUUCUCCCCAAGAGUCAAAACGACUGAUGAGAAUCCUUUUGCUCAGCGCCUUGAGCCUCCCUGAAUCGAUGGCUAUGGAGUUCAAUGUCAGCACCAGUUCUUCCACCACUGCUUCGAUGUUUUGGUGGCAGCUUCUUUGCAUGGUGUUGAUGACUGCUCUUUGCAUUGCGCUUGGAUGGAUCUUCUACUUGCAGUGGCAGAUCAAUGCUUUGCAAGGCAAGUGCUCUAAGCUUUCGAUCGACACCAAGCUCUACAAGACUGUUCAGCUGAUGCGUGACACCAACUCUGUUUUGCGUGCCCGAUAUGAUCGACUUGAAGCCCUUUAUGAAGAAGCUGAAAUUGUCCAAGAUGAGGACGCCAUGUACACCCUCCAGAACCAGAUGGACGAAGUCAUGCAAUUGAUGUAUGACAUUUGA